UUUUUCCCGCUAUUCCAAACCCAAACCCUAAAAACAUUUCUAAUCUGCAAUUAUUCAGUCUGCCAAUUCCUCCCAAACCAAACAACUCCACUUCCAUCAAUGGCAGAAGGAGGAGAGAAGAACUCAGAGACAGUUCAACCAUCGAUUCCGACUGGCCGAAUCAAGAGGAUUAUGAAACUCGACAAAGACAUCAACAAGGUCAAUUCAGAGGCCCUUUUCCUCGUCGCCUGCUCCGCCGACCUCUUCCUCCAAUUCCUCGCCGAUAAAUCUGCGGAAGUUGCCGUCGAGAAGAAGCGAAAGACUGUGAAGCUGGAACAUCUGAGAAUCGCCGUGAAGAGGCACCAGCCCACUGGUGAUUUCCUCCUUGACUCGCUUCCAUUGCCUUCUGAGCCGUCCGAUCGUCCGCCUACUAAUCGGGCUCGUUCUGAGUCUGCCGAUAAAUCUGUUCCUCCGGCAGGAAGCCGUCGGAUCGAUGAUUUCUUCCAUAAGGAUUCUUAGUGUUUUUUUUUUUUUUUCUCUCUGGACUUCAUUUACUUGGAUCAAUUGUAAUUGCCACCAGGAAUCUCAUCUAUCCGAUUAAUGGCUUGAAAGGCGUUUUUAUUUUGAUGAUCUGGUUUUCCGAUUUUCAUGAAA